UUCAAUAUAGAAUGAGUUUCUUCUUAUCCGGGGUGAAGGUUAUCCCAUCAGUCUCGACUCCUUUUCCUGUAUCCUCUUCAGAUCUUCCUCAGUCUCUAAUCCAGCAAAUCUUAUCCUCAACAAGAAAGUUCUAAUCUGUCCUAUCCGCUUUGUUUAUUAGUGUUCAUAUUCUUAUUGGGUUCUUCUUCUUUUUUUUAUGGUCGUGCUAAAUUUAUAUUUUCAUCGUUCUAUUUUGGUUUUUUAAGACCUAAUUUGAUUUGUAAAAUUGGAUUAACCAAUUUAUAUAGGUAUAAGAAUGGAUGAUUUUAUUGCAAGCAAUGGUGAGCGUCCAAGGACUACAUGGACACCAUCAAUGAAUCGUUAUUUCCUUGAUUUAGUAUUAGAACAAGUUCGAAGAGGGAACAUGACUGAUCAGGCACUUCGAAAACAAGUAUGGGCUCAGAUGACAGCAUUAUUCAAUGAGAAAUUUGGGUUUCAAUAUGACAAAGAUAUACUAAAGAAUCGUUUCAAGAGUUUGCGAAGGAAAUAUAAUGAGAUUACUACUCUUCUCAACAAUGGUUUUCAAUGGGACCGAACGAUGCAGAUGGUGGUUGCUGAUGAUAAUAUGUGGGAUACUUAUGUCAAGGCACACCCGGAUGCAAGGUCUUAUAGAACUAAGAUCACACCGUUCUAUGAUGAUUUGUGUAUGAUAUAUGGUGGUUCACCUAUUGAUGAGAAAGUUACUAACAUUGGUCAUGAUGAAGCUAUGGAGGAUGAUUCUUCGAGUGAAAUGUCCGGGGAAACACCUGCAAUUGAAGAAGAUCCAGCUUAUGAUAUUGAGAACUCCUCACAUGCUGAUGAGGAAGGUCUUUUGCAGAGAAGCAAAGAAGGUACUGAAAUAGCUUUUUGUGAGGUAGAGAACAUGGGUCAUUCUUCAGAAACGUCGAACCAGCAGAACGAGAAAGUGUUAUCUGUCCAAGGGGCUUUUGCCACAGAAGGAUGGUCAAGUGUAGUGCUGACUGGUGAUGCAUAUCGUACUAGGGUCAGUUGGACACCCCCAAUGGACCGUUACUUUAUUGAUCUUAUGAAGGAUCAUGUCUAUCAAGGGAAUAAAAUUGAGCGUACUUUCUCGAAAGAGGCAUGGAUGCACAUGAUUGCAUUGUUUAGCGACAAAUUUGGAGCUCAGUAUGACAAGGAUGUAUUGUACAAUCGUUUCAAAACCCUGAGGAAACAGUAUGUUUGUAUUAGGAGCCUUCUUGCCCAUGGUGGGUUUGAGUGGGAUACAACACUGCAAAUGGUCAAAGCUGAUGUUCAUGUCUGGGAUGAUUACGUCAAGGCACACCCAGACGUCAGGCAAUACCGAGUCAGGCCUGUGCCGCAUUACAAAGAUUUGAGUACAAUAUAUGGUGGUAUAAGAAAUAGCAAUCUUGGCGGAGAUCCAGUAAUCAAUGUUCAGGAAGUCUCCUCAUAUUUGAAUGGUGAUAUACUUAAUCAGCACAACAAACGUCUACUUAAGUCGCCAACAGGUUCUGGAUACUUUAAGAAACUGAAGAACACAGACCAGAGCAUGAUUGAUGCUAUUCUUGAGAUGGCGAGUGCAAUCACUUCGUUAGCAGAGAAGACCAAAGAAACAAGUGACUCUGUCUCAAUAGAAACUUGGAUGGCUGCACUUCGUGCUUUACCAGACAUAGAUGAAGAACUGUUUUUAGACGCUUGUGACUUUUUAGAGGUAGAUGCAAAUAGAGCGAAAACCUUUGUUGUUUUAGAUGCAAGUCUACGAAAGAAGUGGUUGGAAAGGAAACUUCGCUCUUCGUAGCCCGGGUAAUGUGUAUUAUUCUCAUGAAGUUGUGUUAUGGAGGAACAGUAUUUAUGUGUACACUAGAUUUUGUGCCCGUGCUACUCACCGGGCGGAUCCCAAACUCAUCUACCAUCAUUUUUAUUUAGUGUAGCUGGGCUUUUCCCCGUCCCGUCGCUUAUGAUUUUUUAUUUGGUGUGGCUCGGCUACGCCUCGCCCCGUCUCGAUGCAUGCUUAGGAUUUUCGAUUUGGUGUGGUCCGGCUUCGCUUUGCCCCGUCCCAUUGCAUUUUUUAUUUGGCGUCGCCGGUUUCGCUCGCCCCGCAACGAUACAUUUUUGAUUUGGUGUGGCUCGGCUUCUCCUCACCCAUCACCCCAUCACUUAAAAUUUGGUGUGGCUCGGCUUCGCCUUGCCCCCUCCAAAUGCAUUUUAGAUUUGCCUCGCCCCGUCGUCAAAGGUUUUUGAUUUGAUGUGGCUCGACUUCACCUCUCCCCUCCAGAUGCAUUUUAGAUUUGUUGUAGCGUGGCGCCCGUCAUGAUGAAUUUUUUAUUUGGUAUGGCGUGUAUUCGCUCUAUCCCGUCGCGCUCUCAAAUUAUAAGUUAAGUGUUCAAUUUCUGUUGUUGAUUGAUUAAAGAAAUUGAAAAAAGAGGCAUUUUUAAUGUGGUGUGAGGUGGCUUAGCUUUCCAUCGCAUCGCUCUCAAAUUAUAAGUU